GCCAUAUUCUAUCGUACCUUAUAUACAUAGUGACACGUGCUGAACAUUACAAACUUUAUUUAAAAAGAAAAAAAUUAUCUAUAAUCGAUAUUAAUUAUAUUAUUGAUUAUAUUAAUCAAUUUUGUUAUAGGUGAGGAAAAAAGAAUUAUUUGUUAUUUAUAGUGAAAGUUAUAAUGUAGUUGAAACUUUUGAACAUUCUUAAAAGAAUCAAAAUAAUGGCAAAAUCAUUACGUAGCAAAUGGAAGAGAAAAUGCAGAGCUGUUAAGAGAGAACGUUAUGGUGCGAAAGAACUUGUCAGAUUGAAAAAGACUCUUGGUAUCGAUGAAAAUGGUGAUAUUGAAAUGCCAGAGAUAUCUGAGAUUGCUAAAGUGGUUGAUGCAAAAGACAUAAAAGAAAAUUCUAAAACAAAGGAAAAUCAUAAAAGUGAUAGUACAGAGAAAAUGGAAGUAGACAGUGGUAGAGUAUACGAUAAAAAAACAUUAAAGGAUCAAUAUGGAAAUUAUCCUAUUUGGAUGAAUAGACGAAAGAUAAUGAAACAUAAGAAGGGAAGAGCAAAAGCUGAUAAAGGUACUACGAAAACAAGCAAAAGAUUAACUAGGCGACAGAAAAAAGAAUUGAAACAGAAAAAGUAAUGUUGUACAUUUAUAAUUAUUAAAUGGUAAAUGUUUAUUUUGACACAAGAUAAAAAUAUACAAAAAUAUUAGAAUCAAUCAAAUCAAAAAUUUAAUAUUUAUGAAAAUAUUAAUUAAUAUUAAUCAAUAAGAGAUCCUUACGCUUAGUUUAUAUUUCUUUUUAUUAUAAAGCUGCGUACAAAGAUUCGUAAAAUUAUUUAAAUUACAUAUAACACUAUAUGGUACUAACUAUCAUAUAAAUGCUAACGUGGCAGUGACACCGGUACCUCAUAUUUUCAUCAAGAAGAAUUUCAUGCAAACGCCAUAACAAUACGAUCGUGAUACGUUUCACAUUUCACGAUAGUGUAUCUAAAUUAAAAGUUUAUAGAUCCAGAAUUGAUUGGCAAAGAA